GGAAGCAGCCGCCGGCAUCGGGGCGGGAGGGACGGGCCCUUAUGAGGCGAGGCCGCAGGGAGCUGCUGUUGCCCGGACGAUGGCGGGGACGGCGCUCAAGAGGCUGAUGGCCGAGUACAAACAAUUAACACUGAAUCCUCCGGAAGGAAUUGUGGCAGGCCCCAUGAAUGAAGAGAAUUUUUUUGAAUGGGAGGCUUUGAUCAUGGGCCCAGAAGAUACCUGUUUUGAGUUUGGUGUUUUUCCUGCCAUCCUGAGUUUUCCACUUGAUUAUCCCUUAAGUCCUCCAAAGAUGAGAUUUACCUGUGAGAUGUUUCAUCCAAACAUCUACCCUGAUGGAAGGGUCUGCAUCUCCAUCCUGCAUGCCCCCGGAGACGACCCCAUGGGCUAUGAGAGCAGCGCUGAGAGGUGGAGCCCCGUGCAAAGUGUGGAGAAGAUCCUGCUGUCAGUGAGCCCAAUGAUGAGAGUGGCGCCAACGUGGAUGCUUCCAAAAUGUGGCGGGACGAUCGAGAACAGUUUUAUAAGAUCGCCAAGCAGAUCGUACAGAAGUCUCUGGGGCUCUGAGCCCUACAGGACACGCAGGCACACAGCCAGGGCGCCCCGCGUGUGUGCAGACACCACCACCAGACAGGCUUCGUGUUUCUCCUCCGGGACAUCGGUGACAGUGACACUGUGCUAGCACCAAAAAGGACAAAGCUGUAGAAUCACAGCAUCUGUUUUAUUUCCCACUUCUUUCGCCCCAGAUAGGCUUAUCUUCGAUUGUGAUUUAUGUAGAAUAAUGACAACUUACUGCCACUGCAAAGUAUUCCUCUCCAAGGUGGUGCAGGCCGGUGGUCAGAGCUGUCAGCACUACCUCUCCUAACCAAGCGCCGCUGAUCCCCGCAGCUGAUGACCCCUCAGAGCGUGGGCUCCUGGAGCCCCCUCCCUCGCCAAUGUCGAGGGCUCCGUGCCAAACUCUCAGUGGUUAGAGUCUGUAAUGCUCCUUGCAAAGAAAUGGCCCUUGUAGGGAGGGGCCAGGCGGCUCUAGGCAGGCGGCGUCUGCCUCUCUGUGCCACACAAGGAGCACAGCGUUGUUUCAUUACUUCAUAUCUUAGAAGCAGCUGCUUUUCUGAUCAUCUUGGUAAAUCAUUUUCAUUUGUUAUGAAACCAUCACACAGAAAUACUUUCAGGAAAUGAGCACUUUUUAAAAAUCUGUAUUAAUGAAAAAUGGGGUACAUGGAAGAAAAGUUCACUGCUGGGCAUAAGGACCAGCGGUUCUUUUCUGACCCGUUUAUGAAACAUGUAUGCUUAUGUCUCGGCUUCCAGGGGGUUCCUAGGGCAGGCGCAGGUGGGAUGCAGGACUCCAGUAACCAUCUCUUCUGGGUCGACAGGAGCUUUUCUUCUCCAGUCUAAACACUGGGCAGUUGUGAGGUUUGCACGUUGUGGUUGCACCAGAAGCUGUAACGAUGGGAACAACAUCAUUCUCCAGCCCUCAGGUAGCAGGGGCUGUGCUAUCCGGGUGGAGCACGGCGGUAGGCCUUACCGUGACUGCGGUUGUGGAAGGUGGUCCCAGGGUCCCAGCCCAGGGGGUAGUGCACUGGCUGUCAUUCCUGGUGUGGAUGGGGCCUGGCACUCAGAGCUCCCAGCAUCCUCAGUGCCCGGGGCCACACUCAGCAAUAACGGUCUGUUGCCUGCAGGACCACGUGCCUGACCUGCCGCACAGGCUGCGUACAAUAGGAACUCUUAUUUUUGAAAUAAGGUGUGUUCUACAAGAUACACGGUAGAUUUCACUUUACCCUUCCCUUCCCUCCCAAGGUGCACCCAGUGGCAGUGGUCUGUUUUCCUGAGACCACCCACCCAGUUUCAUGGCGUUAACACUUACUGCCUGAAAGGGCCUCCAGUUGGGCUUGUGUGGAAACCAGAUUGUUGCCUUCUCAGAAGGGACUUGUUUAAAAUUUGAAGUUGAGUACAAUAUUUAGAAGAGGUGGGGGAAGGAGAGGCAUUGUUCCUAAAUAGUGUUUGCAGAAAUGUGAGGCAAGGUGUGGUGGGCUGCUCAUGACGAGGGCCGCAGUGGUUGUGCUGGAGGAGCAGGUGUGGAAGUGGGAGCCACGUCAGGGGUGGGCCUCCACAGGGUGCCCGCCAGGCUUCUGGUCAAUCGGGACAGGAGAGCCGCAGCCUCCUUGCAAAGCAAAGUAUUUUUGUUCGUUUGUAUUUAUUAACUGGAGGGAAAAAAAAAAUCCAAAUCCCAUGAGAUCCUUAUUCUGUGGUGGAAUUUCAUUACAAUGUUAAAAAUAAAGCUAUCUAUUUUCCCCCUA